GUCUAGUAAGAGGGGGUAGUCCUUAAUGAAUGAGGAGUACAAACGUAGAAGGCACCAGGCUGGCAUGUUGCCCCCCUUAAUUCUGAAGUCCGCCCCUCUGUUACUGCACGCAACGUCACCCUGUCUCUACAUAUAGGACGAGUCUCGCGGCUAAUUGUCACCAAUCGCCGCUUUGUCUUCGGGAUAAUAACUUGCCACCAUUUUCGGAUACUCAUCUACUUUUUACUAAAGGAAUCCUUCUCUUGUGAUCAUUUGUGCUCUUUACGUUAGCCCGAGGAACAUCAUAUUUUAUUGAGCUUGUUUACCCCCAAGCCAUCCUUAAUUCUCACAACUUCUCAAGUAUAGUACUACACACACUAUUACCAUGAAGACCAUCAUCGCUUUAUUUGCUUUUGUUGCUGUAGCAGCAGCCGUACCAGGUACAGGUACAGGAGGAUUUCAAGGUACUGAUGGAACACAAUUCAACUUUGGUAAUGGUGGUGGUGGUGAGAUAGGAGCCAACGACGCAUAUGGAGGAGGAGGAGCCAUGGGUACAUCAGACUACGGAACAUCUGGCAGCGCAGAUGCGAUGGGAGGAACCAGCUACGGUGGUUCUGACACCAGCAGUGACACUGGCAGUGAUGACGACAGCAUUGACGAUGACGGCAGCAGCGAUGACUCGUCAGAAGACAACAGCGGCGGUGCCGGCGGAAACGGACUCUCAAAUCUCGGCUCUAUGACUGCACAGCAGAAGAGUGGUAUGGCCUUUGGCAUCAUCUUUGCCGUAGGAGCCGUUGUAGCAGCAGCAGGUGUCGGAUACUUUGUCUACAGGAAACGCCAAAAUGGUGCCCAAAUGCUUUCAAACGCAUAAGAACUAAUCCGCUAUAUAGAUUUAUCAAAAACUCUUGACGUCUCUUUUUAUAUUUUACAACCACUGCCAGCCUGAGCUGUAAGUACAGCUUCAAUGCCCGAUCAAAGACGACAGUCAUAACACCAUUUUAAAAGACACCCAUGUUCGUCAAAGUUGGUAUUAGCUUGGCAACGGUUCUAGCCAAGAGCUAUGACCUGACAUCAUCAACAUGAAUCUUACUAUGCCACCAACAUCACGGUGCAUUGGGUCGAUUUAGCGAUAGACAGUUAUUAACUAAAUUUCAAGGGACAUGAUAUGACAAAUUCCUCUAUCAGGAUGGUCGUAUUCUCCCUUCUCUUUUCUGAUGAGCUUGAAGAUACCUAUCGCUCAGGGACUUGAAUAGAAACUGUUUAUCAACUAAGCCCUGUUUGCCUUAUAACACCAUGACAUCCAACCCCCCCCCCCAACGGAAGAAGGUCCUGUCUUAUGAUUUAAAAAUAACUAAAUACCUU